AUGUCCGAUUUACAACAGCACCUCCAACCACUUGCAUCGAGUGUUAAUCUCGAUGUCGCAGAUUUGCUGGUUGAAGCUGCCGCAGUGGUCGCAACCUACAACAUGGUCUCGCGCUUCUUGGUCUCUUUGGACAUAGCCGGAUCUUCUGACGAUGUCGUUCCAUGGCCAGUCGACAGCACUGAACACACAAUCGAGCUGGCGCCCAACGUCAACAUUCAUGCCAUAACACUCGUCACCCACCCCAAUGCUCCUUGGAUUGCCUUCUCAAAUUCAUUGCUCACGGACGAGGGGAUGUGGGAAUGGAUUGUCCCACACAUAAUUGCACCGGCCGUCAGCCCCGAAUUGGCCGUUCAAAGGCACCUACAACAUCCUCCUCCAUUCUCAACGCGGUCAUGGCCAGUCGUCUGUUUCGCAGCGCCGUGCACUAUCCCUCUCCUCGCACAUGAUCUGGCUCAUCUCAUUUCCAUUCUUAUUCCGGGUGCUGCCGCUCUAGCCUUUGGUGCACUCUAUCCCACGCUCACAGAAGGCGUUAUUUCAUGUGAUACGGGGCCCAAAACUGCUCCAGGGAAUGCGGAAGCAUGGCAAGAACGUAUUGCCCUUGCAAAAACAAAAGGCAUCGAGGAGCUAGCUAGUGUGACUGUUGACCGCUGGUUCCCUUCUCCGUCCAAAUGUGGACAAGGAGCAUCCCCGCUUUCGAGCUCGGAGCAGGCGCUCUCAUGUCGUGACGACCUACUCAAACCGCUUUCAGAAGACGGCGUCGAUUUGCUGCACAGCGAUGUCAAAACCAAAGUGCUGCUUGUUGCCGGCGAGCUCGAUGGCGGGGGUAAAGUUGCAGCUGGAAUGAAAGGAUUGCGCGAAAAAUGGCUUGAAGCUACGCCAGCUGCCAAGGUCGAUUCGCCGAGAUUGCCGGGCGCGGGUCAUCUUCCGAUGAUCGACGAAACAGAGAAAUACUGGGAAGUCGUGAGCGCAUUCCUGAAGGGGUUGUGA